UGGCAUAAGAUGAUCCGGAAGUCAGCAGCAAGAACGUAAACAAAAAUGCAAUGGCUUCCAGACCGAACUCGGCUGGGCUUCAGCCCUCUGCGACAGAAAAACUCAUACCAAAGCCAUCUUUAGGACAAUAUGUUUUUACUGAAAAGCUUGGCAGCGGUACAUAUGCGACUGUUUACAAAGCUUAUAGUAAGACUGGUGUGAGAGAAGUAGUCGCCAUCAAAUGUGUGUUGAAGAGCAGCCUUAAUAAGGCAUCAACAGAAAAUUUGCUUACAGAAAUACAGCUGCUAAAGAAUCUUAAACAUGAGCACAUUGUAUCUCUCAAGGAUUUUCAGUGGGACAAUAACUACAUAUACCUGAUAAUGGAGUUUUGCAGCGGAGGAGAUUUGUCACGCUUUAUUCGCAGCAAGCGGGCAUUACCUGAACACAUUGUGAAGAGAUUCUUACAACAGAUAGCAUCAGCCAUGAAGUUUCUUUGGGACAACAAUGUGGCCCACAUGGACCUCAAACCCCAGAACAUUUUACUCACAUCAAGCUCCAGUCCACAAAUCAAGUUGGCAGAUUUUGGAUUUGCCAAACAUCUGUAUGAUGGUGACAACUUGCAUGUGAUGAGAGGUUCCCCACUCUACAUGGCGCCAGAGAUUAUCUGCCGAGGAUCUUAUGAUAACAGAGUUGACCUGUGGUCUAUAGGGGUCAUAUUAUUUGAGUGCCUGUUUGGGAAGCCUCCAUUUGCUUCUAAAAGUUUCAAGGAACUUGGAGAGAAAAUAUGGGAUCAAAAACCUGUAGAGAUUCCUGCAGGCUUUGAUGUAUCUGGAAAAGCGAGAGAUCUCACACUCCGUCUGUUACAAAGACAGCCAAGGGACAGAAUCACAUUCGAAGAGUUCUUUGCACACCCAUUUGUUGAUAUGAAACACAUUCCUUCAAAAGACUCUCUGCCAAAUGCUGUUGAAACAGUGUCUAAAGCGAUAAAUAAAGACAAUGAAGGAGAUUAUAAAUCAGCAGUGCGGUUAUACUGUGAGGCUUUGGAGUAUUUCAUGCCUGCUAUACACUAUGAAAAGAGCACCCAGAAAAAGGAGUCAUUAAGAGCAAAGGUGAAGGUCUACAUAAACCGUGCUGAGACACUUAAGCAACUGAUGAAGCCACACUCAAGUUCCAGACCACCGAGACCGCCUCCACCCAUGAGCCCUUACAAAGCGUCCCCCACCAGUAGUAAUAAAUCCACUUCAAAAGACUCGCCCCAUCAUUCGUCUCAGAAGUCUAAGUCUCCAGAAACAUCACCAGAAUCAAAAGCAGUCCCAUCGGCUUCCAAGACGCCCAAACCAGAUUUGUUGUCUGACCCUGUGGAGAAGUCUUCUGCAGAUGGGUCUCCAGGGUCCAGACCUGAAGAGAAUACAUGUGCGGAGUCGUCCCCACCUGGUGCAGUCAACAACUCUCCAUCCUCUACCUCCCAGUCGUUUGCCAGAUCCAUGUCCAAUGAUGUGCUGGAAGAGCUCAUGUCUCUUUGCUCUGAUUCUCAAGAGCUCAUGGCAGUGCUGAAACUUGUGAAUGCUGCCAUCUUAGAGGAACAAGAGGAGAAUUAUGAAAGCUGCCUUCAUCAUUAUGAAAUUGCUUUGGGAGCAGUGCUGAAGAUUUUACCAAAUGAGCCAAAAGGAAAGAGAAAAAAUCUCAUCAAUGCUCAGGUGGUGAAAUGGAUGGAUAAAGCUGAACAGAUCAAGUCCUACCUGGAAGUGCUGAAUCUGAACACUCAGGAUACCUCUGUAGAAGAUGAGGAGGAAGAAAAUCUUUUGAUGAGUCAGUCUAAACAGUGUUGCGUUCAGUGACAUAAGCAUGUGAGUCAUGUCUGGCAACAAUGUCUCUCUAGCCCAUCAGCUGUGUGCAGUUGGAGGCUUUGGAUUUGAAGUCUUCCUGCCUACUCGUCUGAUUCAUGGUAGAAGAUGUUCUUGAGGGUUGUAGAAGAUACACAUUUUGGGGAUUUGGAAAUCACUUGAUGGUGUUCUUCAUGCAUAAUGGAAUGAACAAACUUGUCUCAGUAACGUAACGUAUUGGAUUGUUAAAAUAUUGUUUUAACUUCUGAAUUGUACACUUCGUUGUUGCAUAUUUCAAUUAACUGCUUGGUUGACAUCAGGGUUUUUAUAAAUUUCCCUGUUUUUUUUGUGGUUUGUAGGAGGAAUGUCUUUCUUUCAUUUUGUCAAAGCAAUUUUUUAAAAUGAAAAAUCUUUGUCCAGAUCGCACUUUCCUAUUCCCAUGUUAACAGAGAAAAUAGGCAGUAUAUUUUUAAAAAUGAGUGUGACAACUUGGGUGGAAAAGUUAAAAAGUCUUGGGAUUUUUUUCUUCUUGUUUACCAGUGUCUCGGUAAACAGUUAUAGAUGCCAAAAAUAUUCAGGUCAACACAUGAAUAGAUGCCCUCCCUGUUGUCAAUGAUGUGUGUAAAGUAGCAUAGACUUUCUCAUUGUGAGAAGAGCAUUACUUGGUGUACUGUGAUCUGUACAUGAAAAUGUAGGUCUUUGCUAGUUUAUGUGAAGAAGAUUAUAUGAUUUGACCAGUGCAGAAUUGCUAUGUGGAAAGAAUGUGUUUUUGCAGGAUUAGUGAUUUGUACAUGUUCUUCAGUAGCACACUGUUCUUUCUUUGAACUUUCAAUAUUUUGUUGAUCCAUUUUCCCAGUAUUUUGCUUCUUUGGAACAAAAAAAUA